UCUUCUGAGUCUAGCACAAAAAAAAAAGUAGUAAUUCGUCUCAAACAGUUGAUCAAGAAAACCAAACUUGAAUCCUCUUAUAAAAAGCAUCCAUCAAACAUCUAAGAUGCUGAAGGACAUACGAUUGAAUCUCUCAUCUUCCAAUCAAUAUUCAAGGACAUUUCCUUACAAUUGCAACAAAUCAAAGACUAAUAGCAGGAAUUGCAAGAACUCUGUGGAAAGUAGUUCUGCUCAAAAGAACCAGGAAUUCAUCUGUGACACAAGCUACCACCAUUCAAAUUGUUUUGAUCAGUUCUGUAAAUUGCAUGGGUUAUCCCCAUCAAAAUCAACUUCCACUGAUCAACCAAACGGGUCUUUUCCUUGUGGAAACAGACGGGUUCUUGAACUUGUGUGCCCUCUUUCUCGGGGAAACAUCAGUGGUUGGAUUGUGGUACAAGGUGCUCGCACGUACAUGAACUCGGGAACACGGGGUUGUGCUCUGGAAUCUUGUGAUUUUUCUGGGAAUUAUGAUGAAUUAAGGAAACAUGCUAGGAUUCAACAUCCAUGGGUGAGGCCUACGGAGGCAGAUGACGAGAGGCAGUCUGUUUGGGAUCGUUUGGAGCAGAAUGUUAAUAGGCAGUAUGAAUUUAUGAAUCAAUACCUCUACAAUGGAACUUCCACCUGAAUCCAUAUCAAAAUUACCAAAUUCAGACACCUAUCAUGUCACCGUAUGAUAGGAUUGCUGAAGUUCAGUACACUACAACUCUUACUUACUGAAAUUUGGCAGCAGGAUGUUCGUCGAAGAAGUGUUCAAGACAUUGCAGCUGGAGUACAAAUUGCAAUUCUAGGUCAUUUUAUUAGCUUGUAGAGACACCCAAAUAUAUUCUGUAAAGAAUAGUUAUACCUAAUAACGUAUUUGUAUUCUGCAAUCAUCUUUUGUUUUUCCCCACUAGAGAAGGAAAGAGUGAAUUAGCUAAGGCUCUCAUAGGCUACCCCAGAAACAUCAGGAAAACAAUUUUUCCCUACAUCAGUUGGUCACUUCGUCUUUGAUAACAUUCUUGUGGAGUGUGAAAUUUGAAGCUUCAAAUCUCUAAACUAAACUACCAAAACUCUAGAUAUGCAAACAGAGAGACUAUCAUUAGCCAAUAUUGUUGUCCUCAAUAUGUCCUUAAAACGAAACCUAACAGCAAAGGACAGCAAUAAAGAACAAUCAGGCUCUGUCUUCUUUAAAAAUGUAAAUGGAUUUUGCUUAUUUUUCACUACAUAUUGACAUCAUCUCUCUUCUGAUAUACCACAGUGCAAAUUAUCCAAAGUGAAUUUUAAAGAUCCUGCAAUUUUUCGAAACUGAAAUUUGCUGCAUUUAGUAAAAUGCUACCAAAAUCAUGCAACACACCAGAAAGGGGGGGGGGGGGCUCAGGAGAGAAAC